AUGUGGCUGGAGUGCAACGAGAAGAUGAAAAGUGGGGAAACCGAGGUCCCCACGGUCUUGCUGGCUGUUGACCGGGACUGCCCUCAGCUCCCAGAGGCUGUUCUCAGGUCCUGGCCCCUCCUGGACCUGCCAUAUUCUCAGCCUACAGUCUCUGACUGCAGCGGGGCCCGUUUAAAGGUUCCCCUGAUUAGGAAGCCUUGGGAGCAGGUCCCCAAAAAGCCAAAGCGGAAGAAAAGGAGGCGACGCAACGUGAACUGUCUGAAGAACGUGGUGAUCUGGUACGAGGACCACAAGCACCGCUGCCCGUACGAGCCGCACCUGGCCGAGCUGGACCCCACCUUCGGCCUGUACACCACAGCCGUGUGGCAGUGCGAGGCCGGCCACCGCUACUUCCAAGACCUGCACUCGCCCCUGAAGCCACUCAGUGAUUCAGACGCCGACAGCGACAAAGUGGGCAAUGGCCUGGCGGCCAGCAGCUCCGACCCUUCUAGUUCCGGCUCCGGUUCUGACUCGGAGGAGCCCCCCGAGGGCCCACCGGCCAAGGGAGCGGCCGUGGCGGCCGCGGCAGUGACCCCCUCCAGCCCGGCGGGCAGCAGCGGGCUCAUCACUCAGGAGGGUGUGCACAUCCCCUUCGACGUCCACCACGUGGAGAGCCUGGCAGAGCAGGGCGCCCCGCUGUGCCCCAACCCGGCGGGCAGUGGGCCCGAAGCCCUGGAGACGGUGGUGUGUGUGCCGGUGCCCGUGCAAGUGGGCCCGGGCCCCGGCACCCUCUUUGAGAACGUGCCCCAGGAGGCGCUGGGCGAGGUGGUGGCCAGCUGUCCCGUGCCAGGCAUGGUGCCCGGCUCGCAGGUGAUCAUCAUCGCAGGCCCCGGCUACGACGCCCUCACGGCCGAGGGCAUCCACCUCAACGUGGCAGCAGGCAGCGGUGCCCCCGGCGGGGGCCUGGGGGACGAAGUGCCCUGUGCCGUGAUGGAGGGCGUAGCAGCCUACACCCAGACGGAGCCCGAGGGCAGCCAGCCCAGCACCAUGGACCCUGCCGCCAUGGCAGGCAUCGAGACCAAGAAAGAGAAGGAGGACCUGUAUGUGCUCAAGAAAGAGGAGAAGGAGGAGCCUGUGGCCCCAGAGCUGGCGGCGGCAGCGCCUGAGAGCGCAGAGCCCGAAGCCGAGGCAGACGGGGAGGAGCUGGACGGCAGUGACAUGUCGGCCAUCAUCUAUGAGAUCCCCAAGGAGCCCGAGAAGAGGCGGCGGAGCAAGCGCACUCGGGUGAUGGAUGCCGACGGCCUGCUAGAGAUGUUCCACUGCCCCUACGAGGGCUGCAGCCAGGUCUAUGUGGCCCUCAGCAGUUUCCAGAACCAUGUCAAUCUUGUGCAUCGGAAAGGGAAGACCAAAGUGUGUCCGCACCCUGGCUGCGGCAAGAAGUUCUAUUUAUCCAACCACCUGCGGCGGCACAUGAUCAUCCAUUCAGGUCAGGCCCGGGGUGGGGCUGGCAGCACGGGGCAUGGGGUCCUGGGCCUCAGGUUUAGGGUGGGGUCAGGAGUCCCCAGGCACAGGACUACCACCCAGGGCCCCCCCCCCCGCAGGUGCGAGAUCUGCGGCUACCAGUGCCGGCAGCGCGCGUCGCUCAACUGGCACAUGAAGAAGCACACGGCCGAGGUGCAGUACAACUUCACGUGCGAGCGCUGCGGGAAGCGCUUCGAGAAGCUGGACAGCGUCAAGUUCCACACGCUCAAAAGCCACCCGGACCACAAGCCAGCCUGA